AUGUCAGACACCGAGAAUAUUGAUAUUACAAAUCUUAGUGAGGGGAAGAUUGAUAAGUACAUUCAGUAAUUAGAGAACUCGAUUCUAAAAAGAACAACGAUGUACGGUUUGGAUGAUUUAACAAUGAUGAGAUAGAAUCAAAUCUUGUGCAAAUUGUUGAAUCAGCAGGGUCUCAUAGCUCUGCAAAAAUAAAAUUAUGAAUAAUGCAUCGAAUAUUUGCGAAAAGCUGAAUUGGCAACCAUUUACGUUCCCGAAUUAAAGGUUUAAACUUUUAAUAAUUUGGCUUGCUAUUAUAGAAAGAUGGGCAAAACUAGAACUGCACUUCAAUAUUUACAAUAGGCUUUGGCGAUUGAAUUACAAUAAAAACAAUCCACUUCACUCCCCGACAUCUACCUAAAUCUCUGUGCAGUUCUUUCCUAAUUAGAAAGACACGAAGAAGCCAUCCAACACAUCUAUUUGUCAAUCAUCAUGUUGCAACAUGAAUUACUCAUUUCAUCCUUUUAAAAGCAUGAGCAAAGAUAAGAUCAGCCAAAUGAGCAAACUUUCCCAUCGAGAUAGUCAAGUGUCUAAUAUGUGAAUAGUGUCAAAUCUCAUUGUAAUGAAAGUAAGAAGGUACAAGAGAGAAUGUCUAUUUUGGUGGUUGCAUAUCAUAAUUUGGGAGUUGAAAUGGAACAUCUAAAAUUAUAAUUUGAAUCCAAGAAAAUAUUUCAAUCCGCCUUACAAUUAUCAGAGUAGUGUCUACCUCAAGAACAUCAUUUAAGGCAUGCUCUAGAGGAUAUCAUCAAAAAAUACAAUCCUGAAUAAUAACAAUAGGGGAAUGAGUAACUUACACUCAAACCGCUUCUUCCUAAAGUUCAUCAAAAAAAUUCGGAACUUAGAUAAAUAUAUAAGAGUGUCUCUCCCAAAUAAAUCCUCAAAAGGAAUACCUAAUUAUAAUAAUAGAAAAACAAUCAUUUUAAUAAUCUAAAGUUUACUAAAAAGAAUUCAUAUAGUGAAACAUAUCGACUUGAAAGAGACAGAAUCAUGAGUAUCAAUGCAACCACUGAGGUUAUUAUCAAGAAUUUAGAAAACAAAGAUAUCAGCAAUCUUCCAUAUUUAAAAACAGCCCUAGAUACCGUUAAUUAAACAUCUAUAUUUUGA